UGGCUGUGAAACAGAAGUAGAUAUUUUGUGUAUUGACCAUGCAAGCGGGCGUUAUGAUAUUCACAUGUCUUCAGCAGCUGAUUACAUAUCUCAUACUAUUUUGGCCUCAAAUGACAGUGAUAAAUUCAGUGGAGGCCAGUUUAUCAGAGGGCGACUUGCGACUUGUUGACGGAGGAAGCGAUAACCAGGGACGAAUAGAAAUAUACUUCAACGAGACCUGGUGGAGGCUUUGCAAACACCAUUUUAAUCACCAAGCUUUCACAUCUGUGUGCCGAACGCUCGGUCUCCCAGAUCCGGAGAGUAGGUUCUAUUACUCUGACUUUGGUACGGGUAACUACUCGUACCUACCUAGAGACUUUCAAUGUGAUAGCGAAGACACACCACUUUUGGACUGCCGCCAUGAAGAGUAUUAUGAUAGUCACUGUAAUGAGGACGCAACAGUAGGGGUUUCAUGCGGGGAGCUUGUUUAUGCAGAAUGCGAUGGUGGUUCGAACAGAACAGAUCUUUCUGGUUCAUUACAUUUCAUGAAGGGUUCAAAGCCGCAGGAGAAGGGAUGUAAAUGGAUAAUUGGGGAUGAAGGUGACCCGAAAGGAGAUCAUGUCAUUAUUAACACAUAUGUACAAAGAGGAGCUGAAUGUGGAACGCACGUUAACAUCAAGAUGUUUCCAGACCAUCACAUUCAUCAUUCUGAAGUCUGCCGGGAGAGAACUACCCAAAUAAUUGAAUUUGACGCUUCGAAAGUGAUUGUGGAAAUAGAUCAAUAUGUCGACGAUGUCUCUUUUGACGGAGCUUAUGUCUUUCUUCAAGGCAGUUAUAAAUCCGCUCAACAGGUCAGUGGCUGGGAUGUAAGCGUGAUCAAUAUCACAGAAGACAGUUUUCAAAUCGAGUGGACAGCAUUGACCUCUGAGAUCGAUCAGUCAGUAGAAGUCUAUGUUGUAAUCGUUGCUUCCACAACGCGACAUGACUUUGUAAAUGGAAGGAUUGUGACGUCAUCCACUUCAUCCUUGUGGCUGCACGGUUUGAUUCCUUACCAUGAAUAUCGCAUAUCAGUUGUAGCUGUGGAUGUUUUAGGUCAGCCUCACAAAAGCAGCGAGAUGACAGAAUUCACCGACGAGUCAGUGCCAAUGUCUGGCCCUCAUAUUCAUGACAGUUAUCCCGAUGAAAUGGGCUGUGUGAAGGUCGACUGGGAUCCCAUUUACGAGCACGAUCGUGGGGGUCAAAUUCUUGGGUAUACCCUCUCGUACAUCGCUACCUGCUUUGAGCAUGAUCCUGAGCAUGAUGGACAUGAGGGGAACGUUACAGUAGAUGCUUCCACUUUCAAUGUCUCGCUUUGUGAUCUACGUCCUGGGUUGAAGUAUCGCCUUGAACUCGAGGGAUUUACCUCAAAGGGGAAUGGGCCGCCCACUCAUAGAGACACCUAUGCAAGCUGUGGUGGAAUGCGCACCCUUACAAAGUUGAACGGCUCAAUAGAAAGUCCUAAUAAGCCUUGUUCAUAUGGAGGAGAGCAGGAUUGUCAUUGGUCUAUUCAGCCCAAUUCAAGUAGUCCAAUUGAAACAAUUUGGAUGUGGUUUGAAGGUGUUAAUCUUGCUUAUGAUGGUCACGGAGACCGACAUUGUGGACAGGAAGAUGCAGUGGCGUUUUCAACUAAGGACAUUAGCCUUGACGUCUUAGUCUGCCGUCAUGGAGGAAUGGAUAAUAAGUUUGCUAUGGCAAGCUUAAGCAGUCACCUUGAUGUUGCCUUCCACGCGAGACUUAUGAGAGAGAGUCAAGGGUUUACAGCGUUUUACGAAGCAGUCGACAGCAAAUUCACAGCAACCCAACUUCGUUCUUGGAAUGUCACAGUCCAGCAACAUGGGUCAUCUGCGAGAUUAGACUGGUCCGGCUUUCCAUUAAGUGACCCGAUUCAAGACCUGUACAUGGCGUUCAAACAAGCAGAUGAGGAAAUCAUUGUUUUGAUUCCCACGGCAAUACACAACUCGGGAGACGACAUAGAUUUUUUGCUUAUGCCUGGGCGUCAAUACAUCAUUCAGAUGAUUGCCUUUAUGGGCAGCAUCGGAGACGAUAUUUACUCAAGUAAUAACGUCUCAAUUACCACUGAGGAAGGAGCUCCCUCCCGAGGGCCCGAGAACGUACACGUGGAACUGUUACAACACAACAGAAUCCUGGUCAUGUGGGAUGCAAUAUCUAGUGAGGCUGCAAACGGCCAGUUACGCGGUUAUACAGUGUACAUAAAAGACUAUCACAAUCAUGACCCAGAGUCAGCAACCAAGUAUAACGUUAGUUCCUCGGAAACGCAGAUUGUCAUUGGUCAUUUGGAUGGAGGGAGGAAGUACACCGUCGCUGUUACGGCGUUUACAGUUGAGGAAGGGCCUCAUUCAGAGUGGCAGGAAUUCAUUGUUGGUUGUGGAGGUAUUUUGGAUGGGUAUUUUGCAUCAUUUAAACUCAAGCAGUGGGACUGGGAAUCACUAGAAUGUUCCUGGAAGUUGAACAACCCUGGUCUUGACAAUCCUGUUCUAAUUAUCUCCGCUUUUCACGUCGAGUUCGAGUCCUGCGGAUCCUGGUCUAAGAUUUAUUCUAGUAAUGGCACCGAGUUACACAAUCAUGAUGGUUGUGAUCAUAAUGAUCACAGGGUGUUUGGCGAAAUAGUGGAGGUAUCUUUCGAAGGAUCAGAUUUUCUAACUCUCAAGCUUCGUACAGACCGUCAAGGAAGCUUCGUAAGAUCGGAAUUCGUUAUUUUAGAGGAGGGGAAAUCUCUCAAAUCAGCUCAUCAAUCUCCUGAAUGGGAUAUAACUUCAAACAUCUCAAGCGACGGGGCAGUUCUUGUCGAUCUCUCAGGCCACCCUGAUAACUUAGUUGACACUUUCUUCAUUAUAUCAAUAAACGAGACUCAGAGAGACGAUGGUGACGACGACAAAGACCACCACCACCACCAUUACUACCAUCAUCAUGAUGACGACUUCAAGCCGAGGGAUUAUCUACACAUGGUGAACUCAUCCGUGACAAUUGCAAAAGUGAUGGGCCUUCCAGCGUUGACCAAUUUCACUGUUUCUGUUUAUCUCGUUGAAGAAAUCACCCAUGAGCUUUACCAAAGUAAAGAGAUCGAAAUCCAAACAGAGGAGGGUGUUCCCAGUGAGGGUGCCCGCAUCGACGAUUACUGGAUCAUCGGAGAUGGCUGUAUAAAAAUUAGCUGGCAUCCAAUUUCUGAGGAGCGUAGCAAUGGCGUCAUUCAAGGCUACAACAUUUAUUACGAACUUGCUUGCCACCAUUACCCAGAACACGAUAUCUUCCAUACCGGAAGUUUAAAUAUCACCUCGCCAGAUACCCUGAGUGCCACAAUAUGCGACCUUUACCCAGGAUUGCAAUAUCGUGUACGUGUUGCUGGGUUUACGUCAAAAGGAGCCGGAGAAUAUUCUGAUAGAGAUGAUAUUUACGCUGGUUGCGGAGACCCAGCGACGCUGACAAACAGUAGCGGCAUGAUAGCGAGUCCUAAUCAGCCAUGCUCGUAUGGAGGAGUACAACAUUGCUAUUGGUCAAUCGCACCAGACACCGGUGAGCCGAUCAAAGUGAUCUGGAUGUUUUUUAAAGAAUUCCGUUUGGAGGAGCACGAGCAUCACUCCAAUUGCAGAUCGAAUGACUGGGUUGGGAUUUCGACGAAAGGAAAUAUCAGUGAUGUAUCAGUUUGUAGACACUUGCAAGAAUUCAUCGUUGUUAUCAUGGACAGUCAUGCAGACAUCAGUUUUCAUACAAGGGACAAGUACAGGCGUGGUGAUGGAUUUUAUGCUCGGUAUAUAGCAUCCCACGAAGACCUGAAUGUAACGCAGCUAUCGUGGACUGUAACGGUGACCACAAGUGAAAUCUCAGCUGAUGUGAAGUGGGAUGAUUUUCCUCUUGGUGUGUCAAUCAUACAAUACUAUGUGCGAUUCACGGAUAAAAAAGACAACGUAUCAGUGCUUCUACCAGUGAACGGCCACGACAAGCACUAUAGUGUGGAACGGCUGCUGGUUUCAAGCCACACGUACACCUUUGAUCUUCUUGCGUUCACGGGGGAAGAAAUAGGAAGCUUAAUCUAUGCAAGUGAAAAUGUUACCGUUCAAACGAUUGAAGGAGUCCCUAACGAGUCACCCGAAAAUUUACACGUGGAGGAACUGCAACAGAACAGCAUCCUGGUUCAAUGGAAUCAACUCCCACCACACCAAGCAAAUGGUCAGUUACGUGGGUAUACAGUGUACCUUCGGGACCACUACAAUCAUGAUGAGAGAGAAUAUAAAAGGUUUAACGUUACUUUCCCUGACACCCAUAUUGUUCUUCAUGGCUUGGAUGGAGCCCGAAAGGUAGAUGUGGCAGUGGCUGCGUUCACUAUCGGCUACGGGCCACGAUCAGAUUGGGAAACAAUAAGAGUGGGUUGCAAGGGAAAUUUUACUAGUUAUAUUGGAGUGUUUAACGUUACACAGUGGAGCUGGGAACAACUCCACUGCGAAUGGCGGAUCAAUAACCCCGGCCUCACAAACCCUGUUCUGUAUCUCAGUGCCAUCGACGUGCGGAUACAAUCUUGCGAGGGUUGGACAAAGAUUUACAGCAGUGAUGGUUCUGAGAUCUUUAAUCACAAUGGGUGCUCGCAUGUUCUUGGAGACGUAGAACAAAUACCAUUCGGUGGAUCCAAAUUUCUGACCCUCAAGUUUCACACGGAAUACCAAGGGAGCUACGCGAGAUCGCAAUUCGCCCUUUUAGAGCAAGACAAAUAUCUUUAUUCAGCUCUUCCUUCACCUCAUUGGGAUAUACCCUACAACACUACAGCCAGAGGAGUCCUUAUGGAUCUUAAUGAUUCCCCUGACAGCAUAGACACUAAUUUCUUUAUCAUAACUCUGAAUAUGACAAAGGAAGAAAAUGAAGAGGACCAUCAUGAUUAUAAAAAUGAACAUGAAAAAGGUUACUUUAUGUUCAUGGUCAAUGCUACGGAGGAGUCUGCUGACUUACGUGGGUUGCCAGUUCUGAGCAAUUUCUCCGCCACCGUGUACCUCGUAGACAAGACUAAUGAGAUUUAUAAAAGUCCUCUGUUUCCUGUCCAAACUAAUGAGGGAGUUCCCAGGCAAGGACCUCACAUUGAGUAUUACGAGGUAAUGGCUGACGGGUGCGUGCUGAUCAAGUGGAAUGAAAUAUCCGAAGAGAAUAGAAAUGGCAAAAUUAUUGGCUUCAGAAUUUUUUAUGAAACCAGUUGUUUCUCUGAGGACGACCCAAGAAGACAUUAUGGAAGCCUGGACGUCAACGAUCCAAAUCAACGCUAUGCAAAAGUCUGCAAUCUUCAUCCGGGUUUGCAAUAUCGUAUACAUGUUGCUGGGUUCACUUCGAAAGGAGUCGGGAAAUUUAAUGACAGAGAAGUAUUUACAAGUUGCGGGAAAUCACGCAUUCUGACUAAAAUCAACGGGACAAUUGACAGCCCUAAUAAACCUUGUCAAUACGGCGGGAAACAAAAUUGCCUUUGGUCUAUUACACCAAAUGUCAGUGAGCCAGUCAAGAACAUAUGGAUGACGUUUUACGAUUUCCGUCUGGAGGAAUAUGAACAUGACAAAGGAUGCUGGUUGAAUGAUUGGGUUGGUAUUUCAACGGGAGACAGCGGCACACCUUCCUUAGUAUGCAGAUACUUUGAUCACUUCCAUGUUAUCGUGUCCAGUGACCAGGCAGAUGUUAAUUUCGUCGCUCAAGGACGAGAGGAUUAUAGACAUGGUCAUGGUUUUAACGCAUUGUACUACGGACUCUCUGACGAGAUCGAAGAGACCUAUCUGGACUCAUGGAGCUUCUCGUCGAGUCUAGAUUCAUCGUCAGCUGAUCUAUCUUGGGGCGACUUUCCCCCAGAUGAGCACGUUCAUCGCCUCUAUGUAAGAUUCAUUCAAGAUAAUGUUUCCAUAAUGGUACCUGUUAGUGAACACGAAAAAUCCUACCGCCUGGAGAACAUGCUCUUGCCCAACCGCGACUAUGUCCUUAAUGUCGUCGCUUUCACGGAAGAUAAAAUGUAUUUUAGUCAAAGUGACUCAGUGACAACACCAGAGGGAGCUCCAUCGAGAGCACCGGAAAAUGUGCACGUUAAACUCUUGGAUCAUAACGGUGUCGAAGUAACAUGGGAUCCUCUUGAAGCAAAGUAUGCAAAUGGCAAGCUUCUUGGAUACAAGGUCCAUAUCAGGGUAUGGAAAAACCAUUAUGAAUGGGGCCAUGACGACGGGGACAUGGGAGAUGUUAUCAGGGUCAAUUCCACGGAUACCCACCUCGCUCUCGAAGGCUUGGACGGAGGAAGAAAAUAUCAGAUCGCGGUUGCAGCAUUCACGGUUGAUGAUGGACCGAUAUCAGACUGGGAAACAGUACUUAUUGGUUGUGGCGGAACUUUCCAUGGUUACUUUGGAGCAUUUAAUCUUACGCAAUGGAGCUGGGAUGGAAGACUAGACUGUUCGUGGAAGAUUAACAACCCUGGCCUUAUCAACCCCGUGAUGAUCAUAUCUGCACAAUAUGUGGAACUUAAAUCUUGCGAAUCUUCGUCCAAGAUUUUUGGAAGUGAUGGGAACGAGCUAUGGAGUUAUGAUGGUUGUCAUUAUGAAACGGUAAAAGGUGAUAUAGUGGAGGUUCCUUUUGACGGGUCUGAAUUUUUGACCCUCAAGCUUCAUACAGAACACGAAGGAAGCCAAGUGAUAUCAGAAUUCGUUCUUUUGGAACAAGGAAAAGCUCUGUAUUCAGCUGCCUCUUUCCAGCCUCCAUGGAACGUAACAGCAAGCAACACUGAAGACGGGAGUGUCAUAUUUGACAUGUCUCGUUUCCCCAAAGACAAAGAAGCCUCCUUCUUUAUAGUAUCUCUAAAUAGCACGGAAGAGAAUCCCGGUUGCGGGGAGCAUCACGGGGAUGACGAAAAGCGACCUCCAGUUUAUCUGCACAUGGUAAAUUCGUCGAAUUCCGUGGAGGAGGUGUUUGGUAUUCCGGUAUCGAGCAGCUUUGCGGUUGUUGUUUACCUCGUUGACAAAAAUGACGAAAUUUACAAAAGUGAACAAUUUCUUCUGGAGACGGUGGAAGGUGUUCCUAGUGAAGGGCCUGGUCAUGUGGAGUACAAAGUCCUAUCAGCAAGCAGUGCCUUCAUCGAAUGGUCUGAUAUAUCUUCAGAACAUCACAAUGGAAAACUUCUUGGCUACAGUAUUACCUAUUUUCCAGAAUGUUUUAAAGAGGACUCUCAUUCUCAACAUAUUGAACAGUUUACAGUGGAUUUAUCUUUUAGAAGCCAUACUAUCACUGGUCUUCAGCCAGGAACCAAGUAUCGAGUAUACAUUGCUGGAUUUACAGCACGGGGAGUUGGAGAGCACAGGGAUAUGGAGUUUUUUACCCCUUGUGGAGAACCAAGAGAAUUGACAGAAGUUAAUGGAACAAUUUACAGUCCCAACUACCCCUGUCGCUUCCGAGGGCCUCAAUACUGUCGAUGGACCAUCAAGCCAAGCGGCCCCACCAAAGUUAUAUGGAUAACAAUCGAAAACUUCCGUUUGGAUCGUCACGAAUACUGCAGCAAGAACGCAUGGCUCAGUGUUACAGCAGGGCGCUACAAUAAUGAUACUUUACUUUGCGGUCAUAUGGAUCACUUUGACCUUGUAAUAUCAAAUGACGAAGCUGAUAUUGGGUUUUAUGCCCGAGAGCAUAACGAGGGCGAUGCUUUUGUUGCGUGGUACAAAGCUCUAGAAUAUGAUAUUGCAGAAACUCACGAGCCUUCUUGGUCGCUCAGAGUCGAUAACACUGAACCGACAACAGCUCAAUUAUCGUUUGAUGAUUUCAUACAUCACGAUAAACACGUGGAAAGUUUUUUCGUGAAAGUCACUGAAGCACACAAACGCGUGUCGAUGUUGGUCCCCUUUCCAUCCUAUGAAAGAAAUCCCCGCGUAGAGAACCUCAACCCCAACCGUAGAUACUUUAUACAGAUUAUGGCAUUUGCGGAAGCUGGGAUAUACACUAGUGAAAACGUCAGCAUGACGACCGACGAAGGAGCUCCAAGCAUGUCGCCAUUGAACGUACGCGCGGAUAGCCUCACCGAACACAGUAUCAGAGUAAGAUUCGAUCCCAUUCCUCCAAGUCACCAUAACGGUCCUCUCCAGGGAUAUAACUUGUAUUAUAGAAACAAAGAUCACCAUCAUGACCACGAAGGAACGAAGAUCACUAUCGGCGCAUCAGAGAGACAAGUGAUUAUAGAUGGAUUAGAGACUAUGAAAAACUACGAGAUUGCAAUGACUGCAUUCAAUGACAAGGAAGGACCUCGAUCGGAAGAGAUAGAAGUUGUUCCUGGUUGUGGUGGAGUCAUCAAUCAAACAGCUGCAGUUAUAAACCUCUAUAAGACAGACUGGGAUACGAAUCGUUGCAAAUGGAGAAUAUACGACAAUGGCGUGAGCAAUGCAGUCCUACUCCUGUCGGUGCAAUAUCUACGUUUUCAUUCCUGCGGUUAUGAAUACGCCAAGGUCUACUCGGAAGAUGGCGUCAUUCUGAAUCAUAGAGAGUGCUCAACAGUUCUUGGAGAAGUACAUGAAAUACCUUUUGGUGAUUUGGACGUUAUACACGCGGAAGUAUUGAUACAAAAUAUGGAAAGCAAGGUUUUCACUGAACUUGUCAUUUUGAAAGGAGGUCUUCAUUCAGCUAAACCAACACAGGUGACUUGGAAUAUCAACGGAAAUGAAGAGAACAGUUCUAUUUCAUUGGACUGGAGUGGCUCCCCUGGCAACCUCGACAUUAACUUCUUUGUCAUAUCCCUAAACCAAACGGAGCUUUCCCCAUACGUUAAGGACGACGACCACCACUAUGACAACGAAAAGAAACUGGUUCGUUUUCUUAAAAUCGUCAACUCAUCUGAGACUUCCAUUAACAUAACGGACCUUCCUAUAGCUGCGAAGUUUAUAGCAACAGUUUACAUCGUAGAUAAAAAAAACGAGAUUUACAAGAGUGAGAAACUUAUGAUCUCGACGGAAGAGGGAGUGCCACUUAGGUUUCCUUAUCCUCACGACUGGUCCACCAACUUGGACAGCCACAGCGUUUCGUUCCAACUCAAUUCAAUCGAGAGGAGAUACCGUGGUGGUGAAGUCCUGGGCUAUCGUAUCAUGUACGGUCCUUGCUGUGAUCCAAAGAACUUAGAAACUAUGGACGUAGACGCAGAUACUAGGAGAGUCACGUUAGAAAAUCUAACCGACAGUCUCACGUAUGCCGUUUAUAUUGGUGGAUAUACAAGCAAAGGAAUGGGUGUUAUGGGAUCAUUUGGGGCAACUUUUUGUGGUGAUGAUAUGACGGCAGAUGCCGGCCAGAUUAUGAGUCCUAACUAUCCUGGUACUCCGUAUAUUGGUCAUGAUCAGUGGGACGAAAACCCGAAAUGUUACUGGAACAUUGCACCCAAGUCUAGCGUGUCGGGAAUAUUCCUCACCGUCAGACAUUUUUUCCUUGGUCGCAGAGAUCAAGGAAACCGAUGCAAUGGUCAGCUGAGGAUGUACUUUCCUGGCAUAUCAGAAAACGAUGAAAACCAAGCAACUGACCUUUGUGGACAUAUACCAGAAAACCUGACUAUACUGGUAAUUGAUAAAGUUCUCAAUCUUAGAGCAGCGGGGUUUGGAUAUCACCGCUACGGGGAAGAGUAUCGCAACGGUACCAAAUUUUUGAUCGACUAUGAGGUUGUAAAAGGCGAGAUUACCACUGUGACAGGGGAAGUGAUUGAAUCAUGGUCUGGACUUCAAAUGGACGUUGGCGAGACCUUUGUCAUAGUAUCCUGGCCUGAGCCACCAGGCAGCUUUAUCAGCCUUUCUUCUGUAGAUUAUUACCAAGUCUUAGUGGGAGGGUGGUCUGAUAGGAUAUACGUACCGCAGAUCGUUACAGCGGAGGAAAAGACACUGAAAUACGAGUGGCUGUUUCCUUCGACAAAUUACACCCUGAAAGUUAUAACUGUGCUAAAAGAUGGGAGACGUGGAUGCACGGACUGGAUCAAGUUUAGGACUACGGAAGGAGUACCUGCAAGCAAUCCGUCCAUCGAUAAAGUUGAAGUCAUUGACUACAGCACAAUAUGGGUCAAGUGGUAUAGGGUGGACGAACGCUAUUCCCACGGCAUCAUACGUGGAUAUCGAGUGCACAUCACUCAGGCCAACAACCAUGACUGCUCGCAAGGCUUCUAUGAUAGCGUUACCGUUGGCCCGGAGGAAACGGAAACGACGCUUACAGGUUUACCCGCAGGAACUGAAUUCCGCGUGUGGGUGACGGCGUUUACAUCGAUUGGGGAAGGUCACCAGAGACAUGAGCAAUGGGUGAAGACAAAAUGCGGGGCUCCACUAUAUGAAAGGAAUGGUCUCAUCCGUAGCCGCGAAUUUCCAUCGAGGAUCACAUAUGGUGAUUGCUUAUGGGACAUUCACCCAAAAAACAAAAGCGUUCUUAUACAUUUUGGGCAUCUCAACCUUCCAGAAAGUGAUGGAUGCAGAGAUUUCUAUGCAGCUGUAGGGGAUAAUAGUGGCGUUGAACCUGAGCUGAUUUGCGGUGCUAGGGAGCCAUUUGACGUUCUUGUGCAGGCAAAGAAAGUGCUCCUUCUCUCCCACGCCGAACGCGAAAUUCAUGGGGACAGAAUAGGAUUUCAACUGCACUACAUGACUCUAAAUCAUUCUGUCUCAGAAGCUGAACUUAAAGCAGGCUGGGUAAUAACAACUUCCAAUGUCGCCUCGUCGACUGCAGAUAUCGCAUGGUCACACUAUUCACCAGGUGCAGGAGAGACACUUGUAUUAUAUGCAAUCGUCUGCACACCAACUUUGCAGGAGGCUGGACCAUCCAUAACAACCGUGGUGAAGGAUAUUGAUGACUCAACUGCAGAGCGCUUACGGCCUUAUACCGAUUAUACUGCCCAGGUCAUUGCAUUGGUCAAAAGUGAACUUGGCGAGAUGAGUUUUAAAGGAAGUGAGAAAGUAUCCUUCACAACUAAGGAAGGCGUUCCGAGUAAGCCUCCGGGAGACGUCAAAGCAAGUUCUGACGACGGCACGAUAAUCGUCACAUGGAAGCAUAUUCCGAGUGAUCACAUCCACGGAGUAUUAGUUGGCUACCGCGUCUACUAUCGUUUGUAUGACGGCCAUGUGGAUGACCACGAGCUCGACCUCAACCAGUUUUUCUUCAUCGACGUUAAUCAUACUGCCUUUGAAGCAAGCAUUGGGAAUUUGACCAAUUUCGAGACUUAUGAACUGAUGGUUGCUGGCUUCACUGCUGUGGGAGUGGGACCUUUUAGCGAACGUACCCAUAGCAGACCGGGUUGCCAAACCAGUAUACGCAGUGACAUGCGCGUCAUAUCAUCUCCCGGAUAUCCGAACACCUAUCCCAACGACGCGGAAUGUUACUGGAUUUUUGAGAAGGAAAUGCCUGUCUUUGAUGUGGUCGUUGUGAUCGAAGAUUUUCACACAGAGCAACCGGAUGGAGGAGCAAAUUGCACGAAUUGGAUAACAGAUUUUAUUGGAUUAUUUAAUCUUGAGCCAUUACACGUAGCUGCCGGUCCAUUUUGCGGACUUCAUGACCCUUUUGCCUUGACUGCAAAGAGUUACCAACAUCGCCGGGCUCUGCUCUAUUUCCGCUCAAACAAUGGAUUUGCUUUCAAAGGCUUCACCUCUACCUACUUUGCCAUCACGGAUUCGUCCAAAAUCACUGCUUCUAUUGGCGCCACCGAAAGUGUUGAGGUUAAGAUGACUUGGGAAUCCUCCCAAGAUGUAGACAAAAUUGAAGAGUAUUAUGUGCUUUAUAAACCAGUCAAGGAAAAAGAGAUCUGGAGAUUUCAAAAGACUGUAACUCCGUCAGCUACACUAGUAUUGCUACAACCAUCGACAGAUUACGAAGUAAGAGUAGUUGGGUACACCGAUCGCGGAGAAGUUUACGCGAGUAGGGUAACUCAUUUUACUACAAAAGAUUUGGAUGAUAAUGGUGAGCCAACUAAACCUCCAGAACCGGCCCCAAUCCACCGGAUGUAUCCAUACGGAGUUGACGCUGGAGACUCAAUCAUUACAUUUACGUCAAGAACUAGGUGCUUUAGAAUUGGCAGAGAGAAAUUUGACACCGGAGGUUUUCCGCUGUAUGACAGAAGGCACAGAAAACUUCACAUAUGUCCAAAUGGAGCCAUCCAGUUCGAAAGAGACGGAUUCAAUGAGCAGUCAUACAACUUUGGUCAAAGACCUUGGCUUAGAUAUGUGUCAAUGGUUGCUCCUUAUUGGGCACCGACCAACCUUGAGUCGUUCAUUAGUGGUCCUUCGAAGGUUUUCUAUCAUUUGUAUUACGCGGGACAGGCGGAUUCCAUAGCAAUCUUAGAGAACGCUACUUCUGAUGUCCUCAGUAAAUUCGGCGGGAAACUGCCACAAGGAAAAACAUUCAAUGCAUCUUGGAUGCUCGUAGUUACGUGGAAAGAUAUUCGUCACAAGGUCUUACAUAAUAUCAAUAAGAAUUUGCACAAUACAUUUCAAGCUCUCCUGAUUACUGAUGGCAUAUUCUCUUUUGCCAUGUUUAACUACCCCCAUGACGGAAUACAGUAUUCUGUACCAAUAACACGUGAAUAUUACGAAUAUUUCGCCGACUAUAAACCAUUGCCUGUUAUUGGCUGGAAUGCUGGUGAUAGAGACAACAAUUACUUUAAUCACCCAAGGUCAGGAACUAUUCAAGCUGAAGCUAUCGAUAAUCUUGCUGGAAAUGCUGGGAUACCUGGAAGAUGGAUCUUCCGACUUGAAAAUUCGAAUGGAGAAGAAGACAGCGACUUGAAGUGCUUACGUUGGUAUGCCAAAGAAAGGAGAUAUGUGUUCGGUUAUAGCAGAGAGCCAGAUCCGUGUCCCUGUACCGGAGUGCAAGGAUACUUCGAUGAUCGAUAUGAAUGGGUCGAGGCGGAUUUCCCCUUCAGCUACUGUUUUUACACAAAAUUCCCCAGACAAGGACGUGGCCGCAAAUGCUGCUACUAUACAACCCUAGAUAAAUUGGCAGCUCUCAUCAUUGGAUUCCCUGGUGGAGGCUCCCUUCACCGAUACCAUAGCCUCACUACGUCACUGAAAGAACAACACGAAGCAAGUGAUCUCUACGGAUUCCGCCACUGCUGUCUAGAGGCUAAGAAUCCAUUUUUGUGUAACAAGUAUUAUGAAUUACGGCCAUCUAAGGGAUGUGAUGGAUAUGAGCCACCUGUCUGGAGCUGGUUAUGGGGCGAUCCUCACAUUGUUACUUUAGACGGUCAAAACUACACAUUUAAUGGGCUUGGGGAGUACACUAUGGUGGAGUUACAAGAUGGAUCAUUCCAGUUGCAAGCUCGAACGAAACUUGCUAAAGGAGGAGGAUCAGCAACCAUUUUUGUUGCAGCAGUGGCAAAAGAAAAAGAUACAAGCGCUGUCCAAGUUAAUUUGAAAGAUGAAGGAGGUUUAGAGGUGUUCGUGGAUGGUGUUGUUUUCCAGAACUACAGUACCUUGACAAACAUCAGUAUAACUCUCGACGGGUCUGUGUCAGUUUCCCGACCAGAGAACAACUCCUUCCUCGUUGCCUUUCCGUCUGGAAUAUCUGUAACAAUCACUGAAGUGCAAGGAUCACUUUCCAUAGUUUUUGCUGCCCCAACCAAUUUCAAAGGUCAAACCAAAGGCCUUCUGGGCACAUGGAACGACAACGUGGUGGACGACUUUCUAAGACCGGAUAACACGACGUUACCAUCUAAUUCUACAGGCAGACAGAUACAUUUUGACUUUGGGUUGAAAUGGCAAGUAUCGUCAAACACGAGCCUUUUCACCUAUAAACCUGGGGAAAAUACGAGCUCUUUCGUCAAUGAAUCAUUUGUUCCAAUUUUUCUGGAUGAGCCCAUACCAUUUGCAAGUGACGAACUGAAACAGCAAGCCGAGGCUGUAUGUGGCGGGGAUGCCAACUGUUUGUUUGAUAUAGCGUCUACCGGAGACGUUGCCGUAGGAGCUAGCACCAAGCAAGUUGCAGUGCAGUUGGAAAGUGAAUCUCAAGACUUACAAAAUUUCCCGCCAAAAAUUUUGGUAGGGCCAACUGAGCUUAACAUUACAGUCAACACUACAGCAAAUGUGACGAUUGUUGCACAGGAUCCCAACAAUGACACAAUGACUUUCUCUGUUAGUGGGACUCUUCCAAAGGGGCAUACAACAUCAACCACCGAUUCCUCAAUGUCACUUGUAUGGGAAGUGACCACUGAUAAGAUUGACAUACAAUUCAUAGUGGCCGAUGCAACGACAAGUACAGUUUUACAACCAGCUAUCAACGUCUGCGCAUGCCAAAACCAAGGGGUUUGCACACCCGUGGAGGAAGACGAUGCCGAAAAUAGUGCUGACAGCAGUGAGAACAAAUUUAGUAUUUUGUCAUGCACUUGUCAGAAUGGAUAUACCGGGACUUUCUGUGAUGCAGACCUCGAUGCUUGCGAAGAAAAUUUCCAGCCUUGUUACCCGGGUGUGACUUGUAACGAUCUACCAGCGCCUGCAAAUGAAACUGGAUUCAAGUGUGAUCCCUGCCCAAACGGGUAUUCUGGUGAUGGAAUAGAAUGUUCAGACGUGGACGAAUGUGCCAAGAAGACUGAUGGCUGCAGUGACACCUGUAUCAACACUCCUGGAUCAUUUGUGUGCGAGUGCAAAGCGGGAUACUCUCUCGGAAUAGACGAGAAGACAUGCGCAGAUAAUGAUGAGUGUUCUCCAGUCGGUGAUUGCAUGCACAUUUGUGAAAACACCCCGGGAAGUUAUAACUGCAAAUGCAAUGCAGACUUCAAGGUGGACCCGGAUGAUUCAAAGAAAUGCAUACCUUUGAAUCCUUGUGAAGGAGACCACGGCUGCCAACAUGUCUGCUUCCAGUCCAACGGCCAAGACAAGUGUUCAUGCAAUGCAGGGUACGAGUUGAAUGGAGAUGAAAAAACCUGCUCAGAUGUGGAUGAGUGCUCUUCAAGCGACAACAAUCGGUGUAGUCAGUCUUGUAAAAACACAGUAGGGAGCUAUGAAUGCUCCUGUGUGGCUGGGUUUAAACUUGACAGCGAUGGUUACGCUUGCAAUGAUAUCGACGAAUGUAUGGAGUUUACGUUUAAUUGCGAUCCCUCGCAGAAGUGUGAAAACACGCCUGGUUCCUACAAGUGCGUCUGUGAUGAAGGACUUUAUUGGAUAGAUAACAUGUGCAAAGGGCUAGAAAAGGGCGAGGCUCCUCCCCCACCCCCUCCCGCCUCAACCCCAAGGGCACCAUCAGAUGAGGAGAAGAGUGAAUCGGUCAACGUAGAGGUGGCCUUCAAUAUCUCGAUGUGGAACGCUGAAGUUGAAGAGAAGUUCAAAACUACCCUAGCAGAAGCAGCUACCAAACAUUGCGCGACAAAGGACGAUUGUACAGAUAAGAAAACGAGCUCAAGGCGCCGGAGGGCAGCGAGCUACGUCACAUUUACGGAAAACCAAGUUCAUCUUCUGCCCGGUUACCCAAAGCAAAUAUCUGUAGUACCUCUCCUAGCUAGCCUUGCAUUUUAUGUACAAUUUCCUCCUGGAUCGUCAGUCCCCGUCAUAAAGAAAGACGUCCUGGCCAACAUCGUUCAAGGGUCACUGGUUGAACUCUCGAGCUCCAUAAAUGCCAAUAUAUCGAGUGUACAAAUCCUUUUUGCCGAUACAACGACGGUAACGACUCCUGUGACCGCAACGAUCCCGACAGAAAAAGACAGAUCCAAAAUGCAUGCCAUCAUUGGUGGAUGUGUUGCUGCUGCUUUGCUCCUCAUUCUUGUCAUCAUUGCCACCAUUUGGUACUGUAAGAAAAGAAAGAAGAACGGAAUUGCAAAACAACGAGUCGACAGUGAGCAGUCAAUUUCCCGAAAAAUCUCAGGGAUGGAGAUGGCGGCUGUUAAUGAUGCGUAUAUGAUGAGUCCAGGUUCUCUUCCACCAGGGUCAGUGGAACCACAAUAUGAAGAACUGGAACGACCCGAAAAUGAAUAUCCUAUGUACAAUAAUACAAAGUAAUUUGAUGAACAUUCGAAUGAAGAACAUAUACUUAAUGAACGAAAAUGUUUGCCCAAUGCUCUAGUAAGUAUGUUUUGAAUGAUGUACCUAACAUUAUGCAGAAAGAGAGCCUCUCUUUCUUCUGCACUUUGCUAAACUUGUCAUCACUGAGAGAAGAUAAACUCUGGCCUUCCGCAAUCAUUUUUUUAUUCUGCUUGAAUUUUGCUUCACUUUUCAGGUUUUCUUCAAUUUUCCUUUACAUCGCUAUUGGGAAAAAGUGUGCGUGUUAAUUUGAGUUCUUUUCUUUGCAUUUUAUCCGAAUAUCUACAGUAGUUUUAUCAUUUUAGACCCAACAGUUUCGAAGUGGGUUUCCUCAGAGGAAAUCAGUAUAACCUUUUUUAUGCAUCUUAUCCAUAAUAAUUUUCUGGCAAAGGAGCCAACUAACAGAGUAACCAGACUCCUAAAGCAGCAGGUCUGUGUUGGAAAGUUUUUCUCUGAGUAAACGAAAAUUUUUGUAUUUUUUGCUUCACGUUUUA